AUGCUCUGUGUUUGGUGGAACAGCAAAGGUUUGGUGUACUUUGAAGUUCUGGAUUCGGGUCAAACAGUUACGGCGGACAUGUACGAAGAUCACUUGAACCGCGUGGAUCAAGCACUGCGUCGUCAAGGUGUCGAAACGACGUCGACAAAAUUCCUCCACGACAACGCUCGUCCGCAUGUCGCGAAAAUCACUUUGGAAAAAAUUGAGGAAUUGGGCUGGGAAGUCCUGCCUCAUCCGCCAUACAGCCCAGACCUGGCACCAUCCGAUUACCAUCUGUUCCGAUCGAUGCAGCACUCCCUGGCCGAGAGAAAGUUCACAACCCGCGAAGAAGUCCAACUCUGGAUUUCCUACUACUUUGAAUCGCAGCCGGCCGAGUUCUUCGAAAGAGGAAUCCAUUCUUUCCAUAAACGUUGGCGACAAGCUGCAGUAAGCACCCAACUCUAUCGUGAGGCACGACGUGCUGUAUUUAAGAAGGAUGCCAGAAGACCUAACGGUGACCAACUACAAGGAUCGUCUCAAAAAACUAGGUAUGAGCCGCUUGAGCAACAAAGGCAUACACGCCGACCUAAUCUUCUGUUUUCGACUCCUCAGAAACAAAACCAAGUUAGCAAUCAGCAAGUAUUGGUGCUUCAGACCUACCAGUGA